UCGCGGGACCUGAGCCAUUUUCUCCUUCCCUCGUUCACUAUAAAUACAUAGCUCGAGUGAAGCUAGGUUUGCCGAAUUGGGCAGCGAAACGCAGCUUACACAAGAAGAAAAGAAAAAAAACCCAUCCCUCUCUCUCUCUCUCUCUCUCUCUUUCAGUCUCCAAUCUUCUCUUUCUAAAAUCUCAACCUGAUCAACAAACAUGGCAGCAGCAAGUUCUAGAAGAUCAUCAUGCGGGCCGGUCAUCCGCUCCGCUUCACCCGCUGGAAGAUUCCACAACACUCAGUAUUCGUCCUCCUCAGCCUUCGCCUCCUCCACUUCCAGCUUCUCUUCCCGCUCUUCCACUUUCUUCCAGCGCGCCGCCUCUCCCACGCGCCUCAACCUCGCCAGCUCCUCACCCUCCGCCCAGUCCGUACGCUUUUCCCUCGACCGCCCCAUCUCCCCGAGCCGCUCCAUCUCCGUCACUCCACAUGGCAACGGCAACCACCACAACGCCGUGAAGAGCCGUCAGAUCAGCAACCAGAAGCGCACCUGUAUGUGUUCCCCUACGAAUCACCCCGGUUCGUUCCGUUGCAGCCUCCACAAGAACUUCGGCUCCCACGUGACUGCUUCGGCGCCCUACUCGCAGAACCGCCUCAACGCGCGGAGAUCGGCGAUGACGAACUCGCUCGUGAGAAUCGGCGGCGUCGAAGGCGAUCUGGUGCGGCGCGCUUUGGCCGCUCUGAUUCGCCCCUCUUCCCACAGCCAAAGGAGAAGAGCCGAUUUCCGGCCCAGGCCCAGCCGGCUCUCCACCAUGUCCAUGUCACACGAGUAAUUGGAAAAAAUAAUUUUGAAAUUAAAAUCGAAACUUGAGUCCUUUAGAUCCUGAGCUUUUCUUGCACAUCCUUUGAGAUCUUCCGGCGAGGUGAGGCCGCGCUCGGGGGCGAUGAAGUGUCAGGAUCCGGCGAAAGUGUGAGUGAUCUGACCGAUUGGUGACCGAAGUGCUACAGCUAGGGGAAUAUGAUGAUAUGAAUCGAUACGAUACCUAGCUAUGAUUCUGUAUAUAUAAAUACGCAUAUAUUUGUAUGAGUGGCGCGCCAUUGUUGGCUGCUCCAAGCUUUCUGGGACCUUAUUAAACUUCCAUAUAAGCAUAAAUUUAGCAGGCAAAAUUAAAAUUCGAAGCAA